CCCGGCGUCCCCAAGCCGGCGGGGAUUGGCGGACGGGCGAACGAGCGCGGCGAUUGGUCGGUUCGAAGGAGACGACGGCGGCGGCGGCGGCUGUGAUGGAGGCGAGGCAGCGCUUGGAGGGCGCGGUGGAUCGCUGGGGAUUCCGGGACGUCGAGCGAGCCUGGGUUGACACUGUGUGGGAACUGGACUUCACCGAGACGGAGCCUUUGGAUCCCAGGACCGAGGGCUUGAUAACCGAUGACGGGGUGGUGGCUUUUGUUCAACUUUACAAGGCGCUGUAUCCAUUUAGUGCCGAUGACCACGAGACCACGGAAAGCAUCUGGCCUCUUUUGGUGGAAAACAAUCUCUCCCCUAACACUAUGGUUGCUGUGUUGCAUCACUUUGUCCAAGAGGCCCAGAACAGAAAGGCCAACGUGCAACAACGCCUGUUUGCCCUCCACGCGGCUGGAUUGUAUUUUUUAUUAGUUGAAAUUCCUGGCAGCAUAGCCAACCAGAUAUUACACCCAGUGAUGUUCGAGAAAUGUCUCCAAACCUUGUCUAAGUGUUGGCCUGAGGAGUUGGAUUUGCCCAGAAAAAGGAAAAAAAAACAGACGAAAAGCUUGAUGGGAGAGAGAAAGAAAGGGAAGCCAGCAAGAAAUGAGAACAUUCCGAUGGAAGACAUCUUUGAAGAGGAAGACGUUCAAGAGAAGAUACACUUCUCCGCCAGGGAGCUUCUCGAAAUUCGCGAGGCCCUCUUCCUCCUGCUGCAAAACCUCCUGAGGCUUUUUUCCAAGAUGUCCCUGAAAGAGAGGCCCCAGUGCGUGCAGACCUGUAUUCAGAUCUUUGUUAAGCUGACGAGACUGGAGCCCUGUACACAAGACUUCAAGCCUUUAAACAUGACGACUAUUUCCAGAGCCAAGUAUGUCUCCGAGCUGGCUUACUUCGGCCUACGACUGUUGUGUUCCCCACUUCACAGCCUAGGAGACAAGACUUUGCGCCAAGUAUUCUAUCAACUUCUCAGGGUCAUCCUGAUGCUACCAGGGAAAGAAGGCGGCGUCUCUCUCCCCAUCCCUUCUCAAAUCAUCGAUGCAAGGAAACUGGCCCUCAAGUUCCUCAGCUCUCUGACUGAAGAACUGAAAGAAGUUGCCUUCCCCGUACUGAGGAUCUUGCUGCAGCAUAUUUGUGUCAAGGUUCCGGAUAAAUCCGAAUACCGGACCUACGCAGCAUCGUCUUUGUCACAGUUGCUUUACAAACUCCCUUGCGCUGAGCAUGCCAGAUUCAUUGCUUGGCUGUAUGGAUACUCGCGCAAUAACAAGACUUCCUACAGAAUAUUUGCACUCGACGUAGCCUUGGCUUUGUUAGAACAUCCAGAGCGGGUUCAGGACGUCGUUUUAACCGAAGAGGAGCAGGUGUUUCUGAAACACAAAUUCCUGGUUCAGGUCAUGAUCUUCGGCCGGUGUUCGGACAAAGUGCCCACUGUUCGCAGCAAAGCCCUGUCCAGCUUCGCUCAGUGCCUGGAAAACAAAGUUGUCUCAAACGUACAGGACAUUCAAGAGCUGUUGCAUGGCACCGCUUGUUCUUCCGUCGUGGAUGCGAACACCGCUGCUGAAACAUUUCUAACCAACGUGGAAGGUCGUACCAGCCACCAGCUGAAGACAUUCCCAACCUUCAAAACCAUCGAAGUGACCCACGAACGGGAUUCCACCGAGUUUGAUGGAAAAGAAAUUAUGGCCAUCCUGAGGCAGAGAGCUAUAGAUGAGAAGAUCAAUGUGAGGAAAUCGGCCCUCCAGGUGUUGACCAGAAUUUUGAAGCACACCGUGGUCCCGUGUACCUCAGAAGACCUGUCCACCAUCCAGGAUCGUUGUCGUGAUCCGGCUAUCUCCGUGAGGAAGUUAGCGCUGCAGUCUAUUACGGAGCUCUUACAAUCACAGCCGAAGAACCUUCUGAUGCAGAAGGCCUGGCUCAUGGGGGUCAUCCCUGUUGUUAUGGACUGCGAGACCUCUGUGCAGGAGAAGGUCCUGGAGUGCGUGGAUCACCUCUUGCUCCAGCAAAUAAAGCCCUGCCAUAAAUUCAUGCUUCAAGACAAGGACCAAGUGCUGGCCUGGGAUCUCCUUACGUUGCUCACAAAAGAGAGUCAAGAGCUGAGCCGCUAUUUAAGCAAAGCUUUCCACAUUUUGGCUCAGAAGAACAAAUUCUCCUCUUCGUUCAUUAACGGCGUCAUCUCCCACACCGAAACCGAGCGUUCCGCAGCUGCUUGGAUGUUAUUGGCAAAAGUGGCUGGUUCCUCACCCAAGUUGGACUAUUCCAAAAUCACUGAUGCCUGGGACAGCAUCAGCAGACAGCCCGAAGCCAACCUGGAGACCAUGGUGCACAUCCUCAGUGUGAUUGGAAAUGUUGCCAGACACCUGCCUAACAGCAUCCAGAGCAGGCUAAUGAAUGAUCUCAAAUGUUGGCUGCAAGACUUCCAGUGUCCUUUGGAGGCGAUCAGCUCAGCUAUCGAAACUCUGCAGAAACUUAGCCAGGCCGUCACAGAUGCCCCAAAGGAGAUGCAGGAGCUGCUGAACAACCUGUGUGGAGAUCUUUUACCGACCUGUGAGCAAUAUAUCUCAAAAAUAGUCCUCCGAGAGUUUGGCACGGAAGAGCUGCAAGAGGACGUCUUGGUGAGGCACCUCUUCACCUUGGGUGAGAUUGCGCAGCUCUGUCCAGCCAAAGUGAACAGACGCGUCUUCAUGUUGAUCCAAUCCCUCUUGGCUAGUCCUGACAACAUGGAACAGUUGUCCAGCCCUGCGGAGAAUGAGGACCUCCCAGCAUCUCAACCGUUGUCGCAAUUCCGAGGGUCCGUGAUGCCUUCUACUGUCAGAGCCCAUGCAUUUAUUACUCUGGGAAAGCUAUGCCUGCAGCACGAGGACCUGGCGAAGAACUGCAUCGCGGCCUUGGCUCGCGAGCUGGAGGUGUCCAAGGACGUGGCCAUCCGCAACAAUGUGGUGAUUGUGAUGUGCGACCUCUGCAUCCGCUACACCACCAUGGUGGACAGAUAUAUUCCCAACAUUGCCAUCUGCCUGAAGGAUCCGGAACCAUUCAUACGGAAACAGACGCUCAUCCUCCUUACGAAUCUCUUGCAGGAAGAAUUUGUGAAAUGGAAAGGCUGUCUCUUCUUCAGGUUCGUCAGCGUUUUGGUGGAUCCCAAUCCAGAAAUUGCCAGCUUCGUCAAGUUCUGCUUGGUGCACCUCCUGCUCAAGAGGAACCCGGCGAUGUUUUCCCAGCACUUCAUCGAAUGCAUCUUCCAUUUCAACGGCUACGAGAGGCAUGAGAAGUACAACAAGUUCCUCCAGAGCGAAAGGGAGAAGAACCUCUUUUCCCUGAAGGGCAGAGCCAACAAAGGGUCCCGGAUGCAGAUCUACAAGUUCCUCCUGGAGCAUUUUACCGACGAACAGCGAUUCAACAUCACCUCCAAAAUCAGCCAGAACGUCCUGGCCUGCUUUGUGGACGGCUUCCUCCCGCUCAACAUGGAAGCCAGCCAGCUGCUCUCGGAUACCUUUGAGAUCUUGAGCUGCAAAGAGAUCAAACUCUCGGCCAUGAGAUCCAGACCGGAAGAAGACAUCCAGCCGGAGGAAGAUGAAUUGGCCAUGGCCAAUGCCGUCAUGCAGGUGGCCCAGAAGAAACUGAUUUCACAAGUCCAAAAGAAGAAUUUCAUCGAAAACGUCAUUCCCAUCAUCACUUCGCUGAAGACCUUGUUGGAGCAAAGCAAACUUCCAGCGUUGAAGGAUCUCAUGAACUACCUUCGGGAGGUGAUGCAAGACUAUCGCAACGAAAUCAAGGAAGUCUUCGCCCUGGACAAGCAGCUGGCGGCCGAGCUGGAGUACGAUAUGAAGAAGUACGAGGAGCAGCUGGAGAGGGAGGCUGAGCAAGACCAGGAGCUGAGCGUGGAUCGCGAAGGCCACAACACACUGAUGGCCAGGCCGCCUUCCACCUUGGAGAGGGCUUCACAUCCUCGGAAUCAAAUGGACGAGGCCUCCCCGCUUGCCCAAAGCAAUUCUCCACCUCUGCGGUCUCCACUCUCGGCCCUUGCAACGUUUACCGUUCCCGGGCCGGGAGCCACGAAGCCCAGACCCAGGAAUUUGUCCCUGAGUACUUUCGCCAUCCUCAAUUCUGCUAAGGCGGCCGCUGAGGCCAUGAAGACAAAGCGUGGCAGGAGCCUGGGCAGCAGGCUGGAAUCUCUGGGGAGCGGACAAAGUGAUAAAGCUUCUUUUUACAGCCUGAACCGACCGUCUUCCGUUACCAAGAGACCCUUGGAAGGCCGUGCAAUCAGUACUCCUGAACAGUCCAUUAACAACGUGACCUUCGGAGCCGGAGUCAGCCAAAUUAGUUUGAACCUCACAUCGCCUUCUUGUAAAGUCAAAGAACCAGAAACUUCACAGGAACAUAUCAUUUGCUUGACCUCACCAGAUAAGUUGUUGCCCCAGCCUCCACAAUGGAGGGUGACUUCUCCGAGAAGAAGCAGUCCAUCCAGUUUAAGUCUGCGGAGAUCCAGCCGUAGAACGCCCCGGCAACCAACGAAAUGACCGUUUUUCUCCCCCCAGCAAGAAUGCCACUUGCCUUACAAGCAGAAUCAUGUUUCUAGAGCGGUCUCUGCACCUUUUGGAAGAUCAUCGAUCAAUGCCUCCUAACUCUUGCUUUUUAUUCUCCCCCUUGUCGAGCUUGCUUGCUUUUAUAAUCGGUGUGCUAUAAAUAAUGUGUUUAGUAGCACUGCAGCUGGAAAUAACCUAUUGCUGCGUAGCUAGACAACCACCUCCCUUCCCCCCCCUAUAUUUUAUUUGAUACGUGGAUGACCUCUGGAGUAAUUGUGUUAAUUGGGGCCCAUGAAACACUUAUAGGUUUGGCACCAGACCUUUGGCGAUGGGACACGUAUUGGCCCGGCGUUCCAAGUCUUUCCCGCAGCCAACAUCUAAGCGCUAAGCUUAAUUUCACAUCCUCGUUUUGCAUCGGUUGGAGGGAUGGUGAAAUCUAAAGUCGUAUGGGAGAAAAGAUAUUGUUCUCUGGUCUAGGCCAGACCAU